GACGGAGGGAGUAAUUUACUUGGCCGCCAAUCACGACUGCAUUUUUGCUUGGUUCCCAAGCCCAAAAUGGUACUUGGCUGCCAAUGGCUUUCGACAACUGCAUCUGCUUGGUUCCCAAGCCCAAAAUAGUCCAACUACACAUAUUUACAGUUCUCCCCCUCACUCUUAUAAAUCAUAAUCUCAUUCUCAUUCAUUUAUUCCCAUCUGUAGACUAGAGGAUAAGAUAACCCCAGCAAUGUCAGAAACCCAAGCCAUUUCCGAUUCCGACCCUUACACCAAGAUUGGCCUCAGGAAAAACUCCGACGGUUCCUUCACACGCAUCAGGCCUAUAGUGGAUGAGACGCCGGCCUGCCCCGAUCCACCUAUCUCAGUUCCCAUCCUCACCAAGGACGUCCCUAUCAAUCCACUAAACAACACGUGGGCCCGCCUCUAUCUCCCCCGAUCCCAAAUUCAAUCCUCCGCCAAGCUUCCCCUCAUAGUCUUCUUCCACGGCGGAGGCUUCACCGUGGCCAGCGCAGCCUCAUCCUUCUUCCAGAGCUUCUGCUCCGAGAUCACCCUCCACCUCCACGCGCUGAUGGUGUCGGUCGACUACCGCCUGGCGCCGGAGCACCGCCUCCCCGCCGCCUACGACGACUGCAUGGAGUCACUGCUAUGGCUCAAAUCCGGCGACGAGUGGAUCACCGACCACGCCGACCUCUCCAACUGCUACAUCAUGGGAAACAGCGCCGGCGGUAACUUAGCGCUGCACGCGGGACUGCAGGCGUCGCGGCGCUUGGAGGAGGUUGCGCCGGUGAAGAUCCGAGGGCUGAUCCUGCACCAGCCGUUCUUUGGCGGGGUGGAGCGGACAGCGUCGGAGAUUCGGCUGGCGGAGAAUGAGAUAAUCCCGUUAUAUAUGACUGAUUUAACUUGGGAUAUGGCGCUGCCGAUUGGGGCUGAUCGUGAUCACGAAUUCUCGAAUCUUCGUAAGGGAUUGAUGGAUGUGGAUAAGGUUGUGAGUGAGGGGUGGAGGAUUUUGGUGUCGGGUAAUGAAGGUGACCCCUUGAUUGAUCGUCAAAGGGAGUUGGCCAAAUUAUUGAGAGAGAAAGAUGUGAUAGUGGUGGAAGACUUUAGAGAGGAAGGCUAUCAUGGGAUUGAGUUCUUUGACCAUUCCUUUGCUCUUGCCUUGUGUCCUGUUUUGAACACUUUCAUUCUUCAUGUUUGACUAUUUUCUCAGUUUUUAUUCUUCUGUCUACCCUACUUCCAUAUUAAAUACUAGUAUAGUAAUAUGUUUGUUGUUUUGUUUGCAUUAAAUUUGAUGUAUUAUUGGUGUUCAUCGAGCUAGUUUGAAACUAAAUGAAGCAAACUUUUUUUUAGUAA